ACGCCUUCUACGCUGGGCAUCACCAAGAUUAAAACUUUCCACUCUUUGAAGAUCAAACCAUGUCUGAUUUCAACUGGGAAGCUGAUAAAAUGUUAGAUUUAUAUAUCCACGAUUAUCUUACGAAGAGGCAAUUGCAUGCCACUGCAAGAGUAUUCAAGGCCGAAGCAAAUGUUUCAACCGAUCCUGUUGUUAUAGAAGCACCUUGUGGUUUUCUCUUUGAGUGGUGGUCUGUCUUCUGGGACGUAUAUAUUUCCAGGACAAAUAUUGCCAGGACAAAUCGGAAGCACACAGAAGCAGCAGCAUCUUGCAGUAAGAAUCAACAAAUCAAAGCUCGAGUAAUGCAGAAUCAAUUAGAACAAGAGUUUCAGAAUAUAGACCAGAAUCAACUAGCACAAAUGAAACUCUUGAUGCAAAGACGUGCUCAGGAGCUGCAGCAACGCCGGGGUGGAAAUCAAUUUAUUAGGGGAAGUGCUAGCUGUCCUAUUAGCAAUGAUCCUUUAAUGAGGCAGAACCAGACAGCUCCUAAUGCUAUGGCAACAAAGUUAUACAAUGACAGGUUGAAGCUUCCAUGUCAGAGAGAUGUUUUAGAAGAUGCAAACAUUAAGCAAAAGGUAGCUGAUGACGUUGGUAAGCUUUUAAACCCAAACCAUUCAGUAUUGUUGAAAGCGGCUGGGACAUCUGGUGAAAUGGCUUCAGGGCAAACAUUGCUCAAUUCUCCUCCUGGCAUUUUACCGGGGAACCUUCCAUAUCUGAACCAGAAGCUUCCAGGGUCUACGCAAGACGUAAAGAGUGAGAUGAAUGCAUUGGAGGGGUCUCAAGAUGAUAUUUCAGAAGGAUCCUUUAUUGGUUGUCUUGGAUCUAAUCCAGGUGCUAGCAUUUUGACUCUGAAAGGAUGGCCUCUAGCAGGGCUAGAUGAGCUUCGUUCUGGCAUUCUCCAGCAUAAUAGUUUGAUGCACUCUGCACAAUCCUUAAACCAAUUUUCUCUACGGCAAAAACUUAUGCUUCAGGCACAACAAAAUUUGAUUUCACCUUCUGUCAUUGAUAUGGAGAGAAGAAGACUUGAUAUGCUUUUUAAUGAUCGAAAUAUGAGUCUUGUGAAAGAUGGCCAGUCAAAUUCCGUAGAUGAUUUGGUUCCCAGUAAUGGAUCACCUUCACAAGUUGGUUCCCCAAUGUUGCCCCAUCCAGACUCAGAUGUGUUCUUUAAGCAACAAAUUCAAAAUAGUAGCCAGCAGCUUCAACAAUAUUCUCAACAUCAUCUUCCUGGCCAACCGUCUGAGAAUCUCCAGCAGCAGCAAGAAAAAAUUGGUCUUGGUCCUGGAAGCAUGACUAUGGAGGGAAAUGUGUCCAAUUCCUUACAAGGAAACGAUCAGGCUCCAAAAGGUAAACUAGUGCGAAAGCGAAAGGCAGCAUUGUCUUCAGGUCCUGGUAAUAGCUCUGGAACUGCAAACACCACUGGACCACCUGCCAGUUCACCUUCAACACCAUCUACACAAACACCUGGAGAGAUGAUAACAGCGUCAACUCUGCAACAGAAUGCUCCUUCCUCUAAGUCAUCACAAAAUCAAUUGGAUGAUAUGGAUCAUCUUGUGGGUGAUGGAUGUUUGGGUGACAAUAUUGAGCCAUCCGUAUCUCCUGAUGACAAUGACAUCAGAGAAAAAGUUGGUAAAGGAUUAAUUUUCAAGGAGAUCAAGCAUAUAAUGGCAGGUUCACAUAAAGUUGAGUGUUGUCACUUCUCCUCAGAUGGAAAACUUCUUGCUACUGGUGGCCAUGAUAACAAGGUUUCUCUGUGGUGCACCGAAUUGUUUAACCAGAAAUCUACUCUUGAAGAGCACAGUGAAUGGAUAACUGAUGUUCGAUUUUGCCCAAGCAUGCUUCGUGUUGCUACAUCCUCAGCAGACAAAACUGUUAGGGUUUGGGAUAUUGAUAAUCCAAGUUAUUCUCUUCGAACAUUCACUGGACAUGCUUCGACUGUGACGUCGCUAGAUUUUCACCCUAGCAAAGAUGACCUUAUUUGCUCAUGUGACAAUAGUGAGAUAAGAUACUGGAGCAUUAAAAAUGGUAGUUGUACUGGGGUUUUCAAGGGUGGUGCAACUCAAAUGAGAUUUCAACCUUGUUUGGGAAGGCUUCUUGCAGCUGCGGUUGAUGAUGUUGUAUCCAUUUUUGAUGUAGAAACCCUGGGUUGCAGACUUAAAUUACAGGGCCAUAAUGAUGUUGUGCGUUCUGUGUGCUGGGAUUUUUCUGGAAAAUAUGUGGCUUCUCUGAGUGAUGAUAUGGUUAGAGUAUGGAAUGUUGGAAUUGGCAGCAAAGGGGAAAGCAUUCACGAGUUGGCUGCAUCGGGGAACAAAUUCAACACCUGUGUUUUCCAUCCCAUCUAUCCUUGGUUGGUCAUUGGCUGCCACAAGACUAUUGAUGUGUGGGACUUCGGUGAGAACAAGACAUUGACCAUGCCUGCACACGAAAAGCUUGUAUCUUCCUUGGCAAUAUCAAAUGCUAAUGGCUUGCUGGCUUCAACUAGUCAUGACAAACAUUUGAAGAUCUGGAAGGGACCAGCAUUUUAGCCUUUUGUUACGUAAAUAAAUAGAUGCUGAAGGAUUUGUUUUCCCCGUUUUUUGUGCCUUCUUAUAUUGGUCGCCCUCUUUCACAGUAAAAAACAUGUUUUGGAUUUUGGCCGUCCUUUGUUGCUAUAUAGGUCAUACAACUUCUCUGGAACGUUUCCUUAAACUUUGAUUUAAGAAUAAAAAAGGGUAUUCAAUGAAAGUGGUCACACUGAUAAAUGUUU